AUGGCGAUGCACCGCCUUGGUCUACAUUUCCGGAGCUUCUGCUACCGAUCCCCCUCAACUUGGCUUCCUCAUCGCAAGGUUAGCCUCUCUCGCUCUCUCUCUCGCCCGGAACUGGGUGAGAUUUGGCUAAUCCUGGAAUUGCGGAAGUCUAUGCACAAUCUCUUGGCUACCAGAGCUCGCUCAGGAAUCUACACUGCUACCCAGUACAAUGCUGAGUUUAUUGGACGGGGUGAUUCUUAUUCCUUGUAGUGCCAUCUUCUGCUACCGAGCUUUAAUUUUCCUUUUUGGUAAUCUUGGGCAGAUGAGUAUGGAGCCUCAAGCCGCAAUUACUCGUCUGAAGGAGCUGGGGCUUCUGAGGUCUCAGGGGCUUAUCGGAGGAAAAUGGUUAGACGCUUACGAUGGCAAGACGGUUCAGGUUCCUUAGCGUCCUUUUUUACAUUACAAAAGAUUGAAUAACUGACAUGUUUCAUCUUCCUAUCUGUCCGUGUUCCAUCUGAACGUUUACUGUAAAUGAGUGAACCAAAUCGUUGUUCUCAAGAUGCAUCAUAUUGCUCAUAAGCAAUUAUAUCUGGCUUGAAAUCGUUAAAGCAUACUGAAACUAAUUCAAAGAGAAAAAUAUAUCGAUGAAGAUGUGUAAUACGUGGAUCUUACUUAUGUAAGUCAUUGUGAUUGUAGGUCCAAAAUCCUGCCACUGGUGAGGUCAUCACAAGUGUUCCAUGCAUGGGCAGGAGGGAAACUACUGAUGCAAUUACAUCGUCAUAUGAUGCAUUUAGUUGUAUGGGAGCUAAACUACGACUGAAAUUUUUAUCAAUUUAGUCCGAUAGUUAAGUUUACAUUAUUAAGGCAGCUAGGAAUAUCUGCUCCAUUAGACACCAACAGAUACUUUAUUUUCCUUCUGCUUCAGCGAUGGUUGUCAUUUGUCUAAAUGGCUUGACCACUCAAUUCAAUUUUAUCUUAUAACAUAUCUUUUUCUGAAUCAAAUACGUAUCUGCAUGAUAAUUAUCAUAGAAACUUCUGCUCUAUAUAUUUUAAAACAUGUAUUUUUUUCUUCACAAUGUCUGAACAUAGUUUAUUAUAUGAAAUUUGAAUUGGACUGACUAGCAUGAGAAGGACUAUUUGUGACAGCUCUAACCUGUGAUAUCUUUUUUGGACCGAUAGGCUUGCAUAAUUGAAGUUUAGGAUUGGUAUAUUUUUUAAAGAGUGUUUUGAGUUUGAACAGAAUCAAGUCAGCCCAUGGUGCCUGGAUGAUUAGUUAGUCUGUAAGGUUAUGAAAAUUGAGGGUAGUCUACCUAUCUCUUUAUUUUUAAAGGCACCCAUAAUUAUUAUUAUAUAUUUUUCUUCCUCAAUUUAAAGGAAUCUUAUCCACUCUUUCUAUGAUCCCAGAAGGGUUGAAUACCCUUUAUGUUGAAACAUUUAAAUUUUUAGCUGAGGAAUUGUUUCUUGUAUCCCAUUCGACCAUGAGGCUUCCAUGGAGGAUUAGCCACCAUACUUUGCAAUGCUCUUUUGGAUGCUUUAAAACUUCAGGACUCUAUCCCUCAUAUUAUUUUAGUUGUCAAGAACGAAGUAGCCCGAAUAGCAGAUAUUUGUAUCUGGGAACAUGAUCAGGUUAUUAUAUAUUAGUUUAUAUUGGAUAUUUUUAAAUAAUAGCAUAAUGUUACAGCUUUAAAUAUAAAAUAAAGAAUAUAGUAUUUGCCGUAUUUCCUGUUAAGUAUUAUGAUAAUAUACACAUCAUAUUUUAUUUGCUGUAUAUAAUCAUUUGAGCUUAGAGUUUCCUUGUCACUUAGCUGGUUCACAAUGGACCAUUGCUUCUAAUCUUUGAAGAGUUUAUCUCCAUUUUGCUCCUUCAUUAUGUCAAGGUUGUGUCAUCUUAACAUGUUAUGUGGAAAUGAACGUACACUGAAUCUCCCUCAACACUGUGCACAUUGAAAUAAAUUGUCAAAUGGUUCCUCUCCAUAUAGACCAACAUAAAUGCUAAUGCUAUCCACGCAAAGAACUGAGUGGACGUAUUGUAAAGCUUCUGAGAAGUGCUGCACUGUAAUAUUCUCAGAUUUCCAUGCAGAUGGGGAGCCCUAGAAUUAAGGCAUCACAUAUUACCUGAUGUCUUCAUCGGCAGUAACAUAAUAAGCUGAUUUAACUUCUUUUUAACUAUUUCCUUCUCCUUGAGACUCCUUUGUACUUCAUGAUAAUGAUAUAAAAAGUUGGUUGAAAAUGUUUUAUUUGUUUAAUCUCUUCGUUUUCAAAGUUUCUUCUAAAUCUUACGCAAUAAUCUCAUCACGUUGUGCUAGUGGUUGUAAGGAUCUACCAUUGCCACGAUAGUUUCGAAUCUUCUCUUGAAAAGGAAAUUUAAUUCUAUAUCUACCGUCAGAAUCCAAUUCAAAUUUUCUUUCGAGAAAAAGGGAAUAUAUUACUGUACCAAUAUAUUUCCAUGUCGCAUGUAUUCUUAUCUUCCCAAUCUCCAUAUCAGACAAUGCGAAAUUGAAUUCUUGAACCUUGAUAAUGUUCCUGCCUUCAUUCUCUUUGUGUUUACAUACUCGCUCUUAGAUUAUAGCCAACCUCUGCCUUUGCACUCAAUUUCAAAGACUCUUGCAUCUUUUUUUAAUCUUCUUUGAUAUUCGGAGUCUUUAAGAGGAAUUUUAAUCAAUUGGCAAAUCAGACAACGUGACUUUGCAUAGUAUUAGAUUCAUUCAUUUAGAGUUCAGGCUUCAUUGACAUCUUGUCUCCAUAAUCCUUUUCCAAUCACGGAGGCAUAAGGCGUUAUGUAAAUUCUCUCUCCGUGUACCUGCACCAACGACCUCACUGAUUUCAAUGUCGAGGCCAACUGUCGAGAUCGUUUCAUAUUUCACCUUGAACCCAAUGACUUUUCCAAUCAAUAUGAAUAUCAGUUCAAUGAUGCACGCGACUGCCAAUUUUCCAUGGAAAAACUACUUGGUUCUUCUAGGUGAAUAAAUCCCUCAUAUUGCUUGGGUGUCCUAUCCUUAUAUCUUUUUUCAGGAAGAGUUCUCUUUGAUUCCAUUUUACCAAUUUCUUAGCUGUCUUAUCGAUUUUCUGUGUAGUAUCAGAUCCUGUCCUUCUGACGAAUUAGAUUGUUUCCUUUUCUCAUCUAAGGACUCUCUAAUGAAGACAUGGCACCCAGUAUUAUAUCCACUAUUGGUUUUCAAAAUGUAGGCUCAUGAUCAGGUACUGAUCUAAAUCUGACUUCUGUACUUACAAGAUGAUCUCAUUCAAUUUUAAAGAAUAAAUAUUUUCAUUUAAGUUAGACCAAGCGUGUGUUGUGUUUUAAGUGUGGAUAUCUGAUACUGCCACCAUAACUAUCAAGUUUGAGCAGUUUUCCUUCAUAUAUGUUCCGGCCUUCCAUUAACCUCCAGUGAAUCCCUUUACAAUUCCUACAUCUCCUAUCUUGUUUAAUGAGCUGUAGAAACUGGAGAAGUUCAACAAAAACUCAUCACAUGGGUUCUUAAAUUUUUGGGAAAGAAAAUAACUCCCUACCGAUUUAAAGUCCAUCUCCUUCAUCAAGAAUUCAUGCCACAUGAUCAUAUUUCUCCUGUUGUGCUGAAGCCACGCUCUUGUCUGGUGGGCUAUGCUAUCAGCACACACUUUUUAGAUCGGAUGCUUUAUCUUUUUAUUUAUGCGAACUCAAGUACGUCUCAUCAAUUUUUUAAUAUUGUCUAAAUUAAAGGCAACUGUUAUAGUUUUCUUACAUUAUUUUAAUUUUGCGCUCUCAUUUCUACUUUUCAGCUGAUUUUUAGGUGUCUAUUGGUAGUUUCCCAAAGUUAUCUUAGGACGAUUAUCGAAUUCCUUUUUCUUUUUCAGCUUGGAGCAAACUCACUGCUACUGAAAGGAGCAAGUACCUGAGAAAAUGGUUUGCAUGAUUUUGGUCCUUCAGUUGACUUAGUUAAGAAUUCAUCAAUGUAAAUGCAUAUCUAAAUAAUUGCAUAUCUAAAUAAUUGCAUAAUUGUGACGAUGAAGAAAACUAGAAUUUCAUUUAAAUAACUUGCUGUGAUUGGUAAACUGACUAUUAAAAUAGGUGGAGUCAUUGGGUGGUUUUUCUGUUGAUAUUUAAACUGAAGAGCCAAUUUCCCUUUGCGAAAAUAGACGUUGGCAAAAGUCCUUUUGUAGAGCGCAUUGCUUGGAGUAAUAUUCUUUCAUUCAUCUUUGUCCUUUGUAAUUGUGAGCGGUGUUUGAAUCGUUGAUGCAAUCGCCUUUCAAAACAUGUACGUUUUCAUUUUUGUCAAUGCAUCUUCUUAGAAGAAAAAUUCUCAGAAAUGAUGAAGGAAUUGAUGUGUUGACAACUGAGCUCGUUUUGUACAUGCGGAUAAUGAAUUCGAUUAUUCACUGACAAUUAUCUCCAUUUUAGUGUUUUUUUUAUUUCAAUUCCACUGCUUUAUCCUCUCUAUCCCUCUACUAUGUUCACUGCACAUUAACAUGUUUUAAUGAUGUACUAUGUCUUUCUCUGUUUAUUUCUUAAAUCAUAGCUGAGUGUCUUACAGUCAUACUUCUGUAAAAAAGAUGUUGUCUCAUCCAUCGACUUUAGCACUUCAUAUUCCUGAAACGAGGUGAAUCAGAGAAUAAAAUGAGAAUAGACAACUCCUUGGCAUUCUAGCCUUCCAUUCAUGCUCUCUCUGGAAGAAAUUUUAGUAUUGCUUCUUUUGCUGUGGAUCACGAAUAUCUCAGGUUGUUAAAUUCCAUGCACGGUUGAUGUAAAUUUCCCAGGUUUCGUUUAUUUCAAAAUUAUUAAUAUUUUCAGGGCUAUAUCUUGGUGAGUACAACACAAACUUAUUAGGCUUGUUGCUGAGUUUCUUUCUUGUUUCAGUUGUUUAAGCAAUCCUUUUCCUGACCCUUCUGUAACCUAAAUGGAGAUAUGGAUUAAUUGAUGUAUGAUUCUAUCUUUCCAACGCUUUGUGAAGGUACGACUUAAUUAUUGCCCACAAGGAAGAUCUUGCUUUUCUGAUAACUUUAGAGCAAGGAAAACCUCUGAAGGAGGCAUUGGGUGAGGUAUCGGAAACUUCUUUCCUCUAAUUCUUUAUGUUGUCUUUGCCGUUUGUUUUACUUGGAUAAUGUAAAUUGCCAUUCAAAGACUAAAAGGUUCUAUAAAUCAUUUAAUAGGUUAUAUAUGGUGCAAACUUCAUUGAGUUUUAUGCGGAAGAGGCAAAGCGUGUAUAUGGUGAUAUAAUUCCUCCAACGUUAGGUGAUCGCCGGCUGUUUGUUUUGAAACAGGUACGGGCAUAAUCCCCUGUUGAAUUUUUUUUGAAACCAUAAUUUUCUGUUAAUUUACUUAUCAAUUAACUCUAAUCUCGUAUUCCGAUUAUUUAUGGCAUUUUUUAGUGAUUUUGUACCAACUUGAUAAUUGUUUUGGACUGAAAAAUUCAAUGUUUUGAAGGUUCAAAAACCUAAAAACUGAGUUUUUUCUGUCAGGAAAAUGAACUGCUUUGUGCUUGAACUUCUUGAUGACUCAUUUUAUCCGUAAUAUGCAAUAGCCCUAGUGAAGCUUGGCUCUUUGGCGGUCGGUUUUCUACUUUUUACUCUGGAAUUAUGUACAAACUGUCACUAAGCGGUUCAUUUUCUUGUUCCUCUCUUUUUUGCAGCCUGUCGGUGUCGUUGGUGCAAUAACCCCUUGGAAUUUUCCUCUGGCCAUGAUUACUCGAAAGGUCACAUCUUCCUUCUUAGCUUGACACCUGCAUAGCGAAUAUGGUACCUUCAUCUUCUUUCUCAAUGUCAGCAUAAAUUCCAAAAUACAUCAGGUUGGACCUGCUCUUGCUUGUGGUUGCACAGCUGUGAUUAAACCAUCAGAGUUUACACCUUUGACGGCUUUGGCAGCAGCUGAACUCGCUCUUCAAGCUGGAAUACCACCUGUAAGUUCAAUGGUUUUUGGUCAAUUUUAGCGAGUUAUUAUAGCAGCUCAGUAUUUUUUUCUACUAACCCAUUAGAUCUAAGUUCCAACUGAUCAAUGGUUAUUCUAGUAUUUUUCUAAUUAUCCAUAUUUUUAUUGUGAGAGUGAUAUCCUUGGGGGAUGCUUUCGUCAUGAUACCACGGAAUGUAGUUUUUCUUUUAAGUGGAUAGUUCCACUGUCUUACUCAUACAGAAAGUUAAUCAAGGUGAUGUGCAAAUGGAAUCUCAGUGUGCCUACAAGAUCUCCCUUUUCCUAACAAGUUGUACAUUCUUUAUAUGGCAAAGUCAGUUUAAAUGCUAUAAACAGUGUGCAUCCAAUGCAAAGUCCUAGUUUGUCUAUUGGUAACUACAUUCACAAAUGAACCGCAGAAACCUUCCAAGCUUUUACACUUGUUUUUCGAGCCUGUGUGUCAUUCCCAAAUGAACACGCCACAUAAUAUAUGGCUAUUAAUGCCAUCUUGGAUUCGAUAGGGAGUGGCCCAUGUGAAAAAUGAAGAGGGUCUAAAAUUAUUGCUAGAGGAAGAACUUUUCCAGUUAGUGAUGUAAAAUAUGAGUAAGAGGAGAAAAUAUGCCAGAGAACGAAGCUAUUAAAUGGGUUGUUCUACUCCAAUGACAAGAUGACAAGGCAAGCUUAACCAACAAGACAGUAGACGAGCUUGCACAAGGAUAUGUAGAAGAGAGACUUGGAGGAUAGAUGAGAAAGAGCUUUGGUCUCAGAGGCUUAUUAUGAACGUACUUUAGUUGUCUCCAUGAGAUGUACAGGUUGAAGAAAAAUUCGUGCCGGUUGCUAGUCACAGGGUUGUUAACAUAAUAUGCACUAGAGAUCAAUGAAGUGUUUGUGUUAUAUUACAAAAUAAACUUCACUUUCAAUGGAUUCUUUGCUUUAAAAAUAAGGUAACAGAAAAGUUUUCUUCUCUUCCAUUUCGGUCAAGACAUUAGUAAACUUUUCUCAAUAUCUGCCAAUACUUUUCAUUUUUUCUCCUUUUUAUGAAUUGUUAUUAGAGAUUAACUCAAGCACAGUUUCCAGUUAGAUGAGAUGAAACUGCUCUCUACUAGUGUUCUACUAUGAUUUCACUCACCCAGUCUAAUCUUGUGUUUCCAUUUUUUAUUCGCACGAUAUUGGAGUCCUCUUCUUUUAAUCCCUCCUUUCUUGAUCUGUAAUGGAGGAGUUACAGAAGUAUUUCGUUUUCCUCCAUCUUGUGGACCAUCCGGUGUCUCAGUCCAGAUACCUUCUCUAAGCUUUGACUUCUCUAAGCUUUGAAAAGGCUUCCUCUAUUCCCAUCCUAACAUCACAAGACUUAUUUUCCAGACGCUUUUGAAGAUGAAUCUUUUCCUGCAUCUCUAAACUUUAUGUUAUGGUGACAGUCUUCCAUCUCGUAAAGAAGUCUCUCACAUCUGAAUAAACCUGUCUUGCAAUUUUUGGUUUUCUGUCCCCUUGGAGUUCAUAACUUUUCUCAAUUCCCAUUUUUCCGUGUCGAAUCUCCUUCCAUGACCUUAGUACUGUAUGAUCUCAAAGCUUCACUGUCAGGGGUGAUUGUAUGUUGCUUAUUAGAGCUCUCAUUUUCUAAAGUGUUCGCUAUUCUUUUUAGGUAUAUUUUUUCCUCCUCGGUUAAAGUGUUAAUCACCUUUCUUUCUUAGUGAAUUUUAUUACUUUGUUCCAUUGAGCCUAUUCAUUUUAUGUUUCCAAACUGUUUUCACCUUCAUCAAAACUAAGCAUCUUCAUAAAGAUUUUCUUGCCCAAGAAGAUUUCUGUUGCAAUUAUCUUUGCAAGAAAAAAAUGGUCCUUACUUGCUUUUUUUAAUAUUAUGGUGACUCAGGAAUUGCAUCUCAUUCAUGAAUUUCAUGGAGUUUACGCUUUCUUGCAGCCACGAGUCUAUUAAUUAUCUUUCUUGAUGCCUUGUUGUCUUUUUAUUUUAGGGUGCAUUAAAUGUGGUCAUGGGAAAUGCUCCUGAAAUUGGUGAUACUCUACUAGAGAGUCGGCAGGUUUUCUCCAACCUUUAACCUCUUUCUUUGUUUAUCCCAGGGAUCAUUUGACUAUUUGACUUGUUUUUAAUUUUUGAAUAAUAGGUAAGGAAGAUCACAUUCACAGGAUCUACAAAUGUUGGUAAAAAACUAAUGGCAGGCGCUGCAAAUACUGUUAAAAAGGUAAGAAGAUUUUGGGCUGUUAAGUUCUACAUUUUAUUGCCACCCUUUCAUGGUGUGAGUUUGUUUUGGGAGUAGGUAGUGCCACGCAAUCAUUGACCAAAAAGAGGAUAUACUAAUGUGUCCAUAAGCCGUCCAAAGCUCCCUAGUUACAUCAGUUAAGCAGUGCACCAUGAUAUUAUGGGCCAUUCUGGAAACCCUAUAAUCUCCAAGAUAACAAAUUUAUCUCCUUCCUUAUCACAAAAACUGAGCAUGCAGUACUAUUACACUCACACAAAAUACCCUGAGGAUGAGGAAUUUUCCCUUCUACAAUGAUUUAUUUUUCAAGCUGAAAAGGGAAUAUUUGUGGAAAAAAAUUUCUCCAGUUUUGUUCUUCACCAUUCCUAUGGAGACUGCAAACAGGGUGAAUGCUAUUUGCAACAAUAUAACAGUUUAUAGCACUUUCUUAUUCAUCAGGGGAUUUUUUUUUUCACAUCAAAGCAUUUCCAGAUUUGUGACAUUUUUGGUCUCUGGAUUUUUUCAUGUUGUCGUAAGCUAUUUCGCUUUUAAACUAAUCCAUAAUGCGUCUGUCAUUCCCUUCGAAUAGACCAAACUAUCAUAUUAUUCUCAGUGAAACAUGACCUGAUUAUCCUGACGUCAGAUCAAUCAUAAUUUCAUGUGGUUUCCUAAGUCACCGUUUCUUAUUUUAUGAUAACAUUCUAGUGGACGAAAUGAAUUCAGCAAGCCAGAUUUCUACAAGGAAGACUAUUAUCACAUUAUUUCGCACAUUUUAAUUUAAAAAGAAAAACUUGUUAUCUUUUGCCUUUUGGUAUACUUUGGAUAAUUCGUUUAGGGUGUAUCCCACUUGCUGCUGGCCUCCUUGUCUUGAUGAACUGGUUAUGGCUGGUGGGCAGUGGAUGCCUUGUCGUUCUUAUUCUUAUUCUUCCUAUUUUGGGCACAUGGUCAUCGGCUAUUAGCUGGUGGACGACUUCCUCUUAUCUUAUCCUCUGACUUUUCUUUUGAUUCUUCUGAGUCGGGCUGCCUACUGAUUCAUGCGCACCCAUGCUCGGUCUUCCCUACUAGGUUUCUAAGAACCUAUGAUGGAGGUAACGAAUAUGUCAUGUAAUGAAGAAAUCCAAGAGCUUUGAUAUCAAGUUGUCUAUCAUGUUUACUAUUUAUGGCAUCUAUCUACUGAUUUUAGCCUCAUAUUAAUCUUUUGGGAUUUGAAACAUUAGCCUUCCCAUUGUCAUCAUUCUUGUCCACCGGAAUUGCAAGAAGAAUGAUGUGCACAUUGUGUUUUGAGAUUGUGUGGUCUUUUGUUCAGAUCAGCACUCUAUUUCUUGUCAUAAAAGGCAAGAGUAUUAUUAUAAAGAUAACCCUACUCAGCUCAUUGCUAGUUGAUUUUGAACUGGAUGACCAAAUAAUUUGAAGAAAGUAUUAGAGGCAAAAGUUGUUAUUUAGGUGCAUGUAUUUAUGUUAUCUACAUGGCAAAGUUCAGAGCUGUGAAAUUUCUCCCAGUCGAAUGUUAUUUUGUUUAGUUAUAUUCUACUUGACUGACUAUAACCUAAGUAGGGUUAGUCUAGCAUAUUCUUAUUGAUUGUUACCUGUUGAACUAUAAGUUUCCUAUUAUUUUUGUCCUUUUUCUUAUUGUAUUUUAACUUUUAUUUUAUUGUAUCUCUAUCCUUCGACAUGGUUUGGUCCGGCCCAUCUUACUGGAGAACCGGCCCAGCCAAAUGUAAACCCUGGGUCUGGUAUAAAUACCAGGCCCGAUUUACCCUUAAUGAAUGAAAUCAUUUUUUUCUCCUCUCUUCUUCUCUUGAUGAGAAGGCGACCUAGAAUUCUUCCCACUCCAACACGGCUGAGAAACUCCCUCCUCCAGCGUACAUAAUUUCUUUGAUAUAUAAAUGGAAAUUUUAAUAAAUAUUUUUGUUGAGAGUCAAUCAAGCCCAUUAAAAUAUCGUACCCUGUAUGGCCCCCUAACUGACUGAUUAAGUCUUAGAUCUACUUUGGAUCCCAACCUGUAGAAUUGUAUCCAUGUGUAAAACAUUACUCUUUGGGGAACAAGAGGAUAUAAAAGGAUUUUCUCCACGGUAUGGCCUAGUGCUUUAGUGACUCAUCUGCCUCUUUACUCACACCUCGGGUAUUUUUCAUGCGUGACUGGUGGUAUGAAGGACUAACUCUGUAUUGUAACAAGAUCAAGUAAACAUAGUUACUAUAAUCAUCAUUUGGUACUAUCCUCUUUUUUAAGAAGAUUGAAUUAUGUAUGAUUAACGUAUCCUAUAUAAGAUUUUAUGCAGUGUAUUUUUUUGUCUGGAAGUUGAAAAUUUAUGAAUGCAAAUUUUAUUCUUGAGCCUUGGGAUGCACUUUCUACACAGUUUUUAGUAGGGACCAAAUCCUUGUUGAUGCAAUUUUGAUGUCAAUAAUGUUGUGACCUUUGGUGAGUUUCAUCUGUAUACCGUGUUCAUGGUCAUGGAUACAUGAUAAUUUGAUGCUGUCACGAGGCAUUGUAUUGAUCAUCUGAGAAACAGCUAUUGUGGCAUAACUUGUUUUUCAUCCUGGAUUAUAGGAUAUUUCAUUACGAUGGCGACCUAUUUCUAGCAGAAUGUGCAACAGCCAAAUGUUUUUUUAAGAUAACAAAUAUUGUAACUGUUGUCCAUACCUGUAUUGCUGUGGAGGACGAAUUGGGCAUUGCGUAAUAUGCACAGGCAUAAAGGUUUCUGGUAUUGAUUAUCUAAGGGCACUUUCAAGCCCUUAAUUUAGGACAUAUUUUGAUACAUUCUUGGGAUAUCUUUAAAAAAUGCAUGACACAUUAUACUUGGACCUCGUCCCACAAGAAUGUUGAUUGAGAAUCUGGAAAUUUACGUGUUUAUGUUCAAUAUCUUCAUAGUUAAGUUUUGGCGAAUUUUUUAAUGAAGGUCACCUCUUCCAGAGUUAAUCUAAAAUUUCUUUAAAGGACCUAUUCAAAAUGGCCAGGAAUGGAUAGCUACGACUUUUCAAGAACUAAGCUGAACUUUUUUGACUUUGGCCUUUGUACUCAUCCCAGGCUUUUACCCCUGCUUUAUUUGAUUCCGACCUUUCGAUGCACGAGUUGCAUGUUAGUGUGAUAGUAAGGUUACCAGGAAGCGUGUUUUGUUCCUAUUCUGUGAAAGGUGGGAUGAUUAAAUUGGAUUCAAGUAUCUGUAUGAGCCUCUUUUUUUGAGUUGCAUGAAUCGUAUCUAAUAAUUUUUUGUUCCUGUUCGUAUGGAUGCUAUCUCAGUCCUUAUUCUAAAUGGUAUCAUAAAAUAUAUCUUAACCUCUACCUGGUCUCUUUUUUCUUAGUUUGCACUGCCCAUAACCUUUGGGCUGUCUCUACAUAGUCUGUAACAUUGUUCAUUGAAAAAAUGUUAUCUUCCAGGUAUCGUUGGAACUGGGUGGUAAUGCACCUUGCAUAGUAUUUGACGAUACUGAUCUGGAUGUGGCUGUGAAAGGCAGUGUAAGCUAUUUACAGCCCUUAUCAACCUACGAAACAGAGGAGCACAUCCAAAUUAGCUUCAUUAGUUGUUUCUGUGUAUUUCCAUCUUAUUCGCUUGAGCUUUUUAUGUUAUGUUUGGCCAUCAUGGGGGCAAACGAUGCAAUAGCUUCGGUUAGAGCAAAGCCCAAAAUGGCAUAACCAAAUGAUUGUUUAGCCAAUGAUGGAUUUCGCGCCACGGAAUGAAUCGAAGAACUGAGGACGUUUCCAAUACCGACAGACUUUACAAAUAAAACCGGAAGAUUGGGACUCCAUUGCUGUCAUUUCAUAUGUGUAUGGUUACAAUUACUUACGCUCUCAGUGUGCCUAUGAUGUCGCACCUGGUGGAUUUUUAGCUAGUGUAUAUCAUCUUACGAGAAUACAGUAUGGGGUGGAUCAACCGGAGGAAGUAUGUCGCGGAAAUAUUCCCCCAUGGCACACCCUGAAUAUGGGGCCAGAAAUUGCUGGUAGAACCAACGCCAAUAUAAUAUUGAUUCUCUCUCGUCCAAGAAGAGUUUCCUGUCACGAAUUUCAUAUGCCGCAAACUCUAUCUGUAUCUGUUGUCUGAGGAUAAGAGAAUGCGGUCAUGUUCUUCUGUGUUUUUUUUUUUUUUAAUUGAAAGAAUAUUUUUUCAGUCAUUAUGAAAUUUACUCUCAUACAAUAACCGCAGGUGAUGAUAUUUACCACUUUAUUAGUAUUGGUGUUACCCGACUUAGGAUUCAUUUUCUCUGCUGUUAUGCAUUUUAAUAUAUUAAUGUUGGACAACUUGUGGAGGAGGUUAGCUCUGGUAUGACGUAAUGCUAGUUUCUAUGAGAAGGACCCAUGAACCCUAAUGUUUUAUUGCUUCGUGGAAUGAUUGAAGUUAGUGAAGGUCAUGCUACAUCACUGGCAGGCCUUGCCAAUUCUAUUGAUCUUGAGCCGAUUUGUGCAUUUCAAUCCAUAUUUUGGACUUCAUGAAUCAUGAUUCAGACAGCAAUGAGCUGAAUCAGCACCCUUGGUUGUAUUAAUCCACUUGAUGUUGAAUUGUCUGCGAUUCUGGUCAUCUUGAUAUACAAUCAGGAUAAGUUUCUUUCCCAUGGAACUUAAUUGCAUGAGUCUCUGUGGUUCAACCCAAUGAUUUGGUAAAAUACUAAAGAGGGGAAAAGAAAUAUUAGUGGGAACGCUGAGAGGGAUUUCAAGCUAAAAUUUAUAAAACUUCUCCUUGAGACACCGGUCACCAAGUUGUGGGGCUCAACUUCAAAUUAUUGAUAGCAACGUUCGGAAGUCAUGCUACUAUAACAUAAGAAGGUUUUCAGCUUUAUCUAUCAUCCCUCUCAUCUCUUUUUUCUGUUGUUUUUAUUUAUAUAAUGCUUUCAACCUUCAGCCUCCUGUUAAUAAAAAGUAUCUAAUGCUAUUUCCAUGCAUGUUGACGGAGGACCAAUAGGACUUGUCUGUCAUAUUUCCUUGUUAAUGUCGGGAAAACGAUUUAGUAACAUUCUAAAAUUACAUAUUCUGUUGAACUUAGGUUUUAGAAAUUAAACGUGUAUUUAUUUAUUAUGUAUUAUUAAUCCUUUUUCCCAAAAUUUCCAGCUAGCAGCAAAGUUCCGUAAUACCGGACAAACAUGCGUCUGUGCAAACAGAAUAUUGGUACAAGACGGUGAGGAAUUUCUGUCCAUUUUUUGCGUAAUUGUUAACACUGAUGUUUUGAUUACAUAAUUGUGCACCAUAGAUAGUUUAGUACUAGAGUUAUAAUUGUGCGUCAUAGAUUCUUUAAUACUAUAUAGAACUACAUUCUUGGACAUUCUUUGGUUGUCAAAUAUAUAGAUUGGUUAGUGCUUCGUUUUUUAUGUAUUUAAUCAAUUGGUCAUUGUUUGGGAUCAAUUGGCUAAUUGUGUGAUAAUAAGCAAUCUAUUGGCACAAAUGUUGAAGAAAAGCCUCAUUGCAAGUCCAAAUCUGUCGUAUAAGAACUGAUUUAACUAAAUGACUUUGAAAUUGCCCAAAGAAGUUAUACUUUUCUCUUCUGUCAAGGCUUGAUUAUUGUUCUUUCCAAGACUUAAGGCAUGCAUUGUCGUAAUACGUAUUAAAAUCAUGUACCUGACAUCUAGGAUGGAUAGAUAUAAGCUGCAUAGGAUAGAGCCAUUUGAAGCCAAUGUGUCAUGACAGAAGGAAUGAUGUUGGGUAUAUUUUGGGUAAGGUCGCAAGGACUGGAUGUCUGUUGUGUUAUUACUGUAUGGGUCAAUUCCUAGCAGAAUGAUUUGUACGUCUACAUUCUUUUUAAUUCCUCCCUAUUCUGCUUCCUAUUUUGAUGUUUAGCUUUUGUGUAGGUAUUUAUGAGAAAUUUGCGGAUGCUUUCGCUAAGGCUGUCAAAAAUAUGCAAGUUGGCAAUGGGUUGACAGAGGGCGCAGUCCAGGUUCUUUUUCCCACUCGGGCUUUGAUUUUUUCUUGCUGUGAACGAUUCCCUGUUUUCUGUUUACUUUUGCUCUCUCCUAAACUAUUGAGUAGAAGCUUUCUGUAAACUAUCUUGUUGUGAAAGACAGCUUGAAGAACCCAUGGGCUAACGAGGAUAGAAAAUUGAAUUUUCAAUUAAGGCAAUCUGAUCAAAUUAGGAAAGCGGAAAAAUGAAACCUCCCAUAGAAUCACUGGGACCUUCGUCCAUCUAAAGUUUUACCAAUGUGAAGACUAUUGUGGUCCAGAUUUAGAGAGGGAUAUGGAGGGUAUGCUCUGAUUGAGUGAAAAGAUGGGUUGUUAAAGUUAGGGAUGCAUGGCGUCAUCUGGAUGGCUAGGUUUCCCGCUUAGGAAUAAGGUGAGUCAAGUGGAAUCAGAAGUGAUGUUAGGAGAUGAUCUAGCCUUAUUGACUUACUGGAAGUAUCUCAUUAACUUGAUGUAAUUCAACUUCAGUAAUCCUCACUAUUAGUAGAGGAGGGUGUAUAGGUACUACUUUUACCCAGAAAAAGAAGAUAUUAGUUAUUUUUAGGUUUUAAAAAGGAUAAAUGCCGGAAAAUAUUCAAAUGCCACUAAAGAGGAAUUGCAGUUUUUACCAUGUAAUAAACCAUGUGUAUGGUGAUUAUGAAGAACGGGAUAUUAUUGGACGUGAGUGUUCGCUUUUGGAGCUUUGGAGAUUUCGGAAGUCCUCUGAUAGUUGGUGCAGUAUUUUACCGCAUCUCUUGGCAGACGUCAUCAUUUGUUGAAGGCAACAAGCGAUUUGAUAAUGACUCAUAUCCUCAAACAAUCGCAGGAAGUCCCCUUACAGAUGUAUCCGGGUAGAACGACGCCCUGAUACUUCUGUGGAUGGGGAAGGUUUAUUCGGGAGAACGGAGAUCAGAUGGAGAAAGUAACAUGUAAUCUGAGAUCUAAAAAUUUCAAGCUGGAGUUACUAUGUACUUCACCACCAUUUUACAGCUCCCCGCGUAUGAAGGCUAAGAUAACUGAAACAAAUAGUUUCAAAAAUAUAAAUUCUCGUGAUUUGUAUCCAAACGUCAGUCAUUUUUGAAUUUAAUAAAAAAUUUGGAUUAUAUGGAAUCGUGAAGCAUAAUUUUUCGAGUUGAUUCAACUCUUCCAAUAAAAUGUGUAUGAGUAAAGGGAUCCAUGGAUAAAUAUAAAAAGUUUAUUUCUAAUCGUAACAUGCAGGGUGAGUGGUGGACGCUGUAAUUGCUUCAAAUUUUUGUUGGAAAGGAAUACCGAGAUAAAUGAGGUUGGUGGAGAGUGUCAAAAGAAAUUUUCUUCAUGUGGUAUAUUCAUAAACACGUUUCAGGUUAGAGCUGUACAGGACAAAAUGAAUAAAUGAAGACGACCUUUAAAAUCUCAUUCAAUCCCUCAUCAGAAGAGACUGCCUUAAAAUUCUUGUUCUUUGAUAUUGUUGUUUCUUGAUUAUUUGUGUUUUCAUCUUUACUCUGUCAUGGUCUUCGUUUGGUCCAUUUUAUCUUAGCAUUGAUUUCGUAAUCGUAUUGAUCUGUAUUUUUAUGAUAGUCCGGAUCGAUUAUCUGAGCUUGUUUCUCACCUUUUUACAGGGUCCUCUGAUCAAUGAAGCUGCUGUUCAGAAGGUUAUUUUCAUUCCAUAAAUUACCCCAAUCUGAGUCAAACUUAUGAUAAUGAUCAAUAUUGAUGGCAUCAUUUGAGUUAAAUGAUAUAUUUUCCACUUCAUUGUCGUCAUUUCAGAAAUUAUUAAGAAAUGCAUUUGUCUGAUUAUUAUGGGACGAUGAUUUGGGAGAAAAGUUUAGAUCUUGAGGGCACGUCCGUUUCCAGGGAUCAUUUGACCCAAUGUCCGGCUAGCCACUGAUAAAAAGAUAAUACUUGUACAAUGCCUGAAUGGCAAUGUUAUCACAUGGUUAGCCAAAGAUUUUAAGGCAUCAUCUAGGGAUUUAUAAGGCAUCAUGAUGAUUCGGUGAAUAUGUGUAGAAAAUGUUUCCUUUCUUGAUGCUUGUGCCUAGGUGGUGUGUCAACAUAAAAUGUUUAAAAGGGAAAUAAAAUCUGUAUUUUUUCAAAAUUGCAAUCGUAUAUUUCAUUGUUAAGUUCCAAAUAUGAGAUUGUAUGGGAAAUGGACAUAAAUAAACAAAUGGUGGGCGAAAUCACUGCAACUUUCUUUCCAUGGUUUAAUAGUGAGCGCACUAUAUUUUCUGCACAUUUUCUGGGGGCUUUUUUUUUAUAGAUGGUUAUUGAUGUUUACUUCUGAUUUAUUUUAUUUUAUUUUAUUUCUGUAGGUUGAAUCAUUUAUUAAGGAUGCCACCUCAAAGGUAUUUCCCUAUGGUUUUCGGAAAUAGAAGUUUUUUGUGUGAGAACUGUGGACUAAUAUUUGCUUUAUAUUGCCGGUGAAGGUUGAUGGUUAUUUAUAAAUAAUCACGAUUCUUAUUUCAGAUAUCUCUUUGUGAUAAACAAGGUACAGAAAAGGAUGACUGGUUUAGAUGAGUAGUAACUUAAUAUUCAAUCAAAAAACUACCGACGUGAGAAAAAGGGUCACAUUCAUAAUAGCACUGGGAGGUAUAUGGAUAAUAUCAGAAAAUCAGAAAAUUUAACAGAGUUAAGGUGAUCUGACUCGUUUUGUACAACUCUGAACUAUUCUCUCUCUAUCUCUCUCUGUCUCUGUGUCUACAUUUAUGUAGUGAUGUAUUGCUUGAUUUUCUAUCUUCUAUCUUCCUCUACCCUUUUCUGUGAGUCUCACCUGUUUGCGAGAACAGGUGUGCUCCAUGCUUGACUAUCACCUUUUGCCCAGCAGUCCUUUGGAGGACAAUAUUUAGAUCAUUCUUUCAUUCCGUUCUUUUUUUUAUUAGAAGAUCUGCAAUCAAGUUUCUUCAAACCAACAGGCUAUCCUGAUCUCUGUUAUUUGCUAUAUUAUCAUUCACUCAAAUGCUUAAGAUAUUAGAUUUUUUUUAAAAAAUUCACUUGUUAUGCAUUCAUAAAACACCUGGACUGUUUUACAGACUUUUGCAUCCACAGACUGGUUCAGAUUGCAGACUUAACAGCACUUAAAAAGAUCAAGUCACCUUUUACGACAUAAGAUGUUCUGGGUAUAGCAGGGGUAUUGCAUUAAUCAUCAAUGAGCUUAUUGGCGAUAAUGGACACCUUCAUAUUCUUUUUCUCCUUGUUUGCCCAGCUACUACCUUCGUUCAAAGGUUUGUUUACAGGGAAUACUUUGUCCACAUGUUCUUGGUUCUGUGGAAAUUGUCCUUAUCAUCGUACACUAAUCUUCUGGCUUUCAUCUUAAGUGCUAAAGAAAUCUUUAGUCAUGAGAUGUUUGCUAUUCAGCCUUGUCUGUGUGGUUUCUUUCACCGUCUCGGGCCAAGAAUGCUGGACCUCAUUUAUCUUGCUCUGAUUUUAGGGCUUUGGUAUACUGUGGUAACAUGAAUUCGUCGUAGUUUACUCAAGGCAACAACUUCAGUGUUGUCCUAGAUAUUGUAGUUUUUCCCGGAAAUCAUUACCCUUGGCCAUUACUUGGCUUUCGAGAUAUAGAAUCUGGGCGGUGACUGUCCACUAAGAAGCCUUAUGGCACGGGCUCUAAAAUGGAUGAGGGUUCACUUAAAAUGAUAACCUGAGAGACACCAAUUAAAUACUGGAAUCUAAUUUCUUCUAGAUAUUCCCGUAUACCUCUGGUAUCCAGUUUUAGACUGUAAAUCCUAAAUAGGACAAUGAAGUAAACACUAGUUAUAACUAUAUACAGUGUUCUUGUCUAUAUAUCUUUCUGACAAUGUUGAGAUAUUUUAUUAGCUAUGCAGCAUGUUUCAAUGCAUUUUCUUUCUAUUAUCUUAUCUAUGUGGUUUCAUUAAGGACAUAACAAAUUCAGGGGGCAAAAAUUAUGCUUGGUGGGAGACGACAUAGCCUAGGGAUGACGUUUUAUGAGCCUACUAUCCUCACCCAUGUGAAUGAAGAGAUGCUUAUUUCCAGGUAUGCCAGGUUCCUAAGCAUCAUUUUCGUCUUCAUGCAGUUAUACAGCUGCCGGAUUUGUAAAAAUUUAUAGAUGACCAUGUUCAUGGCAUUACUUCAAUCCUUUUCUACAUUCCAAAUUUAAACAUCAUGUCUCUAGUAUUCCAAUGCUGAGCAGAUCUCUGUAUUCUUCCCGUUGCUUGAAUGUUGGCAUGCCGUCAUCAAACUUAAUUGGGCUCUAAUGUCUUUUCUUAUUUUUCUGAAACUUUCAAUAUAAACAUUUUCUUGGAACUCUUACAUGUGCUAUUGGAGGCUUGAUAUCGGUAGAUCAACUCCAGCUUGUUUGCCUAGUACCAUAUACAGAAGUGAUGACAAUGUGAAACGCUUCAUCUCAUUUUUUAAUUUUUUAUUUGUUAUUUGGAUAACUGAUGGAUGAGAGUAGAGUAAAAUACCUCUUAUGAUCCUUUUUUCCAGCAUUCUCCAAAUCGUACGGAUCUCCACACAAAUUCUCAUAAUGGAUUGAACCCUAUAGCAUACCUGGGUAAAAGCAUCGAUCAAAAGCUGUUCUUAGUAGCCUUACUGAAUAGUUGCGGGGGGGGGCGCUUUAUUAAUUGGAGACAGUAAACUGGAAGUUGAUCCAUGGGAAGAACACAACUUAGGUAUAAGGUAAUAAAGGAAGAAACACAACUUAAGUAUAAGGUAACAAAGGAAGAAACACAGCUUAGGGUAAAAACAUAAUCACUUAUCAAAUAGAAAUUUGAAAUAUUCGUUGAUGAUAUCCCCUGUUCAACUUGUCUGUUGGCUGGCCAAAGCCAACGGUGGGUCCUCCAUUUAAAUUUCUCUUCCGCUAGCACAGCUACUGUCCAUCAGGUAGAUUAACAGCUGUGGCAUUCGAGAGGGGAUGCUCCGGAAAUGGGUCCAGCAUCUCUAUGGAUUGACCUGGGGCACACACAUAGCUUUAUUUUCUCUAUUUAAGCACCUCCAUUUUUCCAUCCUUAUAAUGAGAACCAAUUCAAGUUUCCUUCUUAUUAAGAUGAUGAACAUUUUUGUCAAAUGGUCUCUGGGCAUAGUAUGUUAUAAUCCCACUAUUGUUAUUUUCAUGUCAAAAGGGAAGAGGUUUUUGGACCCGUUGCACCACUUCUACGAUUUAGGACUGAGGAGGAAGCAAUUCACAUGGCCAAUGACACAAAUGCUGGUUAGUUUGAAUUUUUAUGCAUUAAGUUCUAUCAGAAAUGGAAAUUUAUUUCAUUUUCCCGAUUUACCUUAUUGCUCUCACACUGUUUUUCUCAAUGGGCAGGCAUAGGAUAUAUCUCUUGUUAGUCGUUUAAUAAAAAAAUUCCUAUUUAUGUUUUCUUGGACAAUGAAUUCCUGAGCCUCACAAUUUUAUCAGAAAUGGAAAUAUAUUUUAUGAACCAAAAAACUUAUUUCCAUGAUAUAUCCUAUUUCUUCUCACACUGAAUUUUUCUCAGCUUGGAAAAUCAUACAAUUUGUUUCCAAUUAAUCUUUUCGUGAGAAAGUAAAUCCGUGGAGCUCUUCUCAUGUCAUUGGUUAUGUGAAGAGAGAAUUAUCCUUGUGCAUACAAAUUUCUCUGAGAUUUUAUUUUAUUACAUAAAAAUAAAAAUUUUCCUCAUUCAUGUUAUUUUCUCUCACACUGAAUUAUUCCCAUUUUGGGUUGGUUAAGGAUUCAUAUUGUUUCUCCUUUGGCUUAUAUUUUCCAUUUAAUGUUUUCUUGGACGAACAAAUUCCUGGAGCUGUAAGAGGCAUAAUUUCUCUGCCCUCUUCUCUCCCUGGGUUUAGGAUUGGCUGCUUACAUCUUCACCUCCAGCAUCCCCCGUUCUUGGCGGGUCUCUGAAGCUCUUGAAUAUGGGCUGGUAGGGAUCAACGAAGGCAUAAUUUCCACAGAGGUAAUCCCCAUCAAUACUUUCAUAUAUAUUUCGAUGUAUAUACUGUGUGGAUGAUUAAUUGAUAUGAAUGAAAUAUUAUGUUUAAAUUCAUGCAGGUUGCCCCUUUUGGAGGGGUUAAGCAGUCUGGUCUUGGGCGUGAAGGCUCCAAAUAUGGCAUGGAUGAGUACCUGGAGGUAGGCACUGAUCAUAUUUCCUUGCAUAAUUUCUAUGGUCUGUCUGAGAUUCAUUUGAAAUUAUCUGUUCAUGCAGACUAAGUACGUGUGCUUGGGGAAUAUCAAAGAUGAAUAG